AUGGCAAACGAGAGCGUGUUUACUAUUAGAGGUGAGAAAGAGAGGAAAGAAGAAAAGGAGAGAGAAGUAGUACAGAGCCUCCUAUUCCUACUCUCUCUACCUAUCACUCACCCUUUCGAAAAGGAAAAACGUGUUGCGAGUCAAGGUGACCAGUCGAAUAAACCGAGACAAUCGCAAACAGAGUCAUCGUGGACCCAGAACUCGGGAUCGAGGACUGAGCGCAAAGAUGGCAGGCUAAGUGCGUUUUGGUAUAUCGAGGGCGACUUCCUGAGCUCAGGUCUGCUAUCCGAGACAGACGGGUAG